UCAGUUCUGUCACUGUCAAGUUUUCUUGCCAACAUGUCUGAGAAAAACACCGGUGUUGUCAACCUGCGUUACCGGGAUGGCUCUGAGGGGAGUCUCUUUAAUCCUGUCAAGUUCAACAACCAGGACUACACACAACUGAAAAACAACCACCUCGAGAGGAACUGCUUGUUUGUGGACAGCACCUUUCCGCCCAACGGCUGCUCUCUCGGAGACUUGCCCUACCUGGAUAACUGGGAGGAGGACCAUUUGAAAUGGCUUCGCCCAGCUGAAAUUAUGAAACUGCAAAACAUCACUGAAGAGUUGACAUUCUGCAAGGAAGGCGCUUCACGCUUUAACGUUUGUCAAGGCUACAUCAAUAAUUCCUGGUUUUUGGCUGCACUUUCCUCAUUGACCUUCAAUCAAACCAUGAUGAACCAGGUUGUGCCCACGAACCAGUCUUUCCUGGACUAUGAUUAUGCAGGAAUAUUUCACUUCAGGUUUUGGAGGUUUGGCAAGUGGGUGGAUGUCGUCAUUGAUGACUUCCUGCCAAUGACGGACAACCAUUUGCUCUCUGUGUUUAGCCAAGACGGACACGAGUUCUGGGCAGCUCUGCUGGAGAAAGCAUAUGCCAAGGUGUGUGGCUCAUAUGCUGAUAUGAACUUUGGAUCACCAUCAGAAACCUGCAAAGACUUUUCUGGAGGAGUCAGCAUGGAAUAUCUACUCGGUAUGGGCCAAUCUGAGGGCCAUGACGAGCUUUGGGUCUCACUGAGCAGAGCCACAGACUCCAUGUCACUGAUCUGCUGUGGAACUCCGCAAGGAAAAGACAAAUUUGAAAAAACUGUCACCUCAAACGGCCUGGUGACCAAACAUACCUACUCUGUUACGGCUGUGACUGAGGUAACGUACCUUGAUGCCAAAGUCAGGCUGAUUCGACUCUUCAACCCCUGGGGCUCACAGGAGUGGACUGGGAAUUGGAGCGACAAGUCAGACUUGUGGGACAGUGUGAGUCCUGAAGAUCAGCAGAAGCGUCUCAACCGCAGUGAUGGAGAAUUCUGGAUGGAGUUGAAGGACUUUUGUCAGUUUUUUAAUAUUUUGUCCAUUUCUUCUGAAAACCCCAAUUUUAUUGAUGGUGACGUUAACUGUCAGUGGGAGUGCAUGAUCUAUGAGGGCAGCUGGGUGGCAGGGAAGUCUGCAGGUGGUGCCAUGCAAGGCAUCUCGUUUGAGACCAACCCUCAGUAUCGUAUCCAGGUGACUACCAGAGAUGAACAGAAGCCAGGAGACAAAAACCUACUGAUUUCUCUGAUUCAAAAAGGUUCAAAUCGCAAAUAUACACGUUACUACCCCAUCGCAGUGACCAUCGUCAAGGUUCCACCUGGGACCCCAGAGGGAUGGUUGGAGCUCCCCUUCUUCUAUCAAAAUGAGUCGUUGAAAAAACACAACAAUUACUUUAUUAAUAGAGAACUGGUUGAGUUGUACAGUGUGGAGCCCGGAGAGUAUGUGAUUGUUCACUACACCGAAGUGAUUCACAUGGCCGCAGACUUUGUUCUCACCAUUCACACCAAAGAUGAGGCUAAAAUCAGUGUCUGGGAGAAGAAUUGCACACUCGAGAAACGAUUGACUUCCGCCGUGUCCACUGAUGACGAGGACUUUAAUGCCUUGUUCAAACGCUAUGCUGAUCAGAACGGUGAGCUUGAUAAAGUCCAGCUUCAGAAGAUUCUCAAUGAAAACUUCCCUCACGGGAGCAUGGACGGCUUUAGCUUGGAUGUUUGCAGGAGCAUGAGCGCACUGGUGGACGAUGAUGGCAAAAUGACAGUGACGAUCACCGAAUUCCACGCUCUCUGGAAAAAGAUGUUGGAGUAUAAGAAAAUGUUCCACAGUCAGGAUUUGAGCAACAAUGGCACCCUCUCUGAAUAUGAGCUCAAAAUUGCUAUUCAGUCUGCAGGGAUUGAUGUGGACAGCUCAGCUGUGAAGAGGCUGAUGUAUCGAUAUUCAGACAAAAACACAACCUGCCUUAGGGACUUCAUUAUCCUCAUGAUCCGCCUGGAAAAGACAAAAAGUUAUUUCAACAAAAAAGAAAAGGAUGGAAAAAUUGAAUUGAACUUGUCAGAGUGGACUCAGAUGUCGAUGAACAGUUGAACCAUUUAACAUUGGACAGCUCAACUCUGCAAAGCUUCAAGCAUUGCUGAAUCAGGUUAAUCUUUAAAAAAAUGGAGGAAUGGAAUAAAUGUUGUUAACCUACAAACUGUGGUGUUUGAGCAAUAAAUAAACGAUACACAGACAACUGUGUACUGGAGUUGA